CGAAAAACCAAUGUUCAUUAUUUAACUUUUGUGUCUUACAUAUGAUGGAAACCUUUCAAAAGGUAAUGUACAGCCGGUAAAGCUUGGCUACAUUUUUCUCCAUCAUCUAAUCCCGGUUUAUCCAUGGAACUCGGAAUCAAACUGUACCUGAGGAUCGCAGAAGUGACGCUGAGCAUAGUGCUGUUAAUGUACCAACUCGGCAAAGAAUUGGACAUACAAGAACUGGCAUCGGAAAACGAAAUGAGAAUAGUCUCGACUACUUACACCUCCAUGAUCAUCCCGCUCUUAUUCAGACUGGAACUGAGUAUGUUCGAGAGGGAGGAAUUUUCUAAAUUUAUCGACUUGCUCGUUAUCGCUUUGGGAAUCACAUCCUACAGCGUAGCGUGCGUCUACACCCUUUAUAUAUUUUAUAGCCAUUCCGAGGAAGAUUGGCGCUCUUACGACUCGGAAGAGAAAUAUUUUAAAAUUCACGUUUAUAUAAAAGCGACGAUAGCCGUACUUCUUUGUUUUGUAUUGAUAACAGACUUCGUAACAACGUUUUGGAAGCACAAUACAGAAACGAAAUGAACGCAAUAAUAUGUGACAAAUUCUCGAGCUUAAGUACCAUUAUAACUUAUUUUAUUAAA